GGAGCAGGUGGAGUUCCGCCCUCGCGGAGGAGGUGGAGUUCCGCUCUCAUCGUGGCAGCAGGCGCUGGACUGGGGCUGCGGCGGCUAAGUGUGUUUCCGGUGGAUUCCCACGGGCUGUCGGAGGUGUGGACUGUUCCUGCUUGCCUGCUCUGGGACGAUGUUCUACCAUAUCUCCCUAGAGCACGAAAUCCUGUUGCACCCGCGCUACUUCGGCCCCAACUUGCUCAACACGGUGAAGCAGAAGCUCUUCACCGAGGUGGAGGGGACCUGCACAGGGAAGUAUGGCUUUGUAAUUGCUGUCACCACCAUUGACAAUAUUGGUGCUGGUGUGAUCCAGCCAGGCCGAGGCUUUGUCCUUUAUCCAGUUAAGUACAAGGCCAUUGUUUUCCGGCCCUUUAAAGGGGAGGUCGUGGAUGCUGUUGUCACUCAAGUCAACAAGGUUGGACUCUUCACAGAAAUUGGACCCAUGUCUUGCUUCAUCUCUCGACAUUCCAUCCCUUCAGAGAUGGAGUUUGAUCCUAACUCCAACCCACCAUGUUACAAGACAGUGGAUGAGGAUAUUGUGAUUCAGCAGGAUGAUGAGAUCCGCUUAAAGAUUGUGGGGACCCGUGUGGACAAGAAUGACAUUUUUGCUAUUGGCUCCCUGAUGGACGAUUACUUGGGGCUUGUAAGCUGAGCCUGGUGGCCUCCUACCCUUGAUCCUGAUCUAGGAAGUGUGAUUGUCACACUUACCGUGUUGUCCAGAGGUCCAGUCUGGCUGCUGUUGUGGAGGCAAGGAAGGCAACUCAUUCCAGAAGGCAUCUGGUGCUGCUUUUAGCUUAGCUACUGCCUCCUGAUUUUUCAGUAUGUGUUCUAAGUAUAAAAAGUCCUUGGUUCUCAUGGAA